UUCAUACGCAGCAUGCAGCAGCAGCAAAUUAGUCACGUGAUCCAAAUUCACUAAAGCAUAUUUGCUGCUCAUGGAAAAGGAAUAGCUGCAGCAGCACUGUCCGGCUAGAUCGCGUGUCUGCUGCUUUGCUGUUCGUUCAAUUGAACUUCACAGCGAUGAAGCAAAAUAUGGUGAAAUUUAUUUUGCAGCAUCUAGUAACAAUUCUUCAACCAAUAGCAGCGAGUUGCUGCGGCAGUAUGCUGCGCAUGAAAUGGUACCUUUAUACAUUCUCCAUGGACGGUACCCUCAGGAGCGUCUGAUUUUUAGUGACCCUUUCAGCUCGGCCAUACUGACCUUUAGCUUUGUCUCAAAGCUACGGUUAGCAACAAAUUGGAUCGUAAUUUAUUUUUCCCGGCGUUAUUUUAUUAUCACUUCCUCGCCUGCCCGUCCAUCUGCUCAGCGUAUCCCGAUCUACUCGUCAUUUGACAAUAUGAUGCCAAACACGGAUGUCUACGAUAGCCUGUACUUGUAUGCCACUCCGGAGAAGUUCUUCGUGGAGCCGGUCGGAACCAAGGUUCUGCUAGUGAUCGACAGAGUGAGUCAGCAGAUCUACACUCAAGUCGGCACCGCUAGUCAGAUUCCAACAACUGCCAGCCGUAGGAAAAUAUGGGGACUGGUGGGGACUAUACGUCUCCUGGCGUGCCGUUACCUCAUCGUCAUCACGGACGCUCAAAUGUGCGGGACUAUAGCCGGGCACAACAUCUACAAGAUAUCCUCGACGGACGUGAUACCUUACACCAGGUCCUCUCUGCAUCUGACUGAGAAACAGGUCCAAAGUAACGCCAUAUACUUGGAGAUGGUCAAGUCUGUCUUGAACACACCCUACUUUUACUUCAGCUACACCUAUGACCUCAGCCACACCAUGCAGAGGCUGCACAACACGAUACCUGAAUUCUUGCAGAUGCCGCUUCAUGACAGGGCAGAUCCCAGGUUUGUGUGGAACGCAUACCUCCUGCAGGACCUGAGCGCACGACCGGAGCAAUACAAAUUUUGUUUACCCAUUAUUCAUGGCUUCGUCUCGCUGAACACGGUGGUCGUGAACGGUGUUGCGUUCAACUGGGGCAUUGUAUCUAGACGCGGUAUACAUCGUGCUGGCACGAGAUUAUUUUCGCGCGGUAUAGACGCCACGGGGAACGUGUCCAACUACGUGGAGACGGAGCAGCUAAUUGAGAUAAACGGCGAUCGCAGUUCCUUCGUGCAGACGCGCGGAUCCAUUCCUCUGUUUUGGUAUCAGGCGCCGAACUUGAAGUACAAGCCCAAGCCGCAGAUCAGCCCGCACGAGGAUCACCAGAGCGCUUGCGCUCGUCACUUCGAUGUUCAAAUCUUUCAUUAUGGAAAGCAAAUCCUGGUGAAUUUGAUUGAUCAACGUGGACCAGAAGCACUGCUUGAAGAUGCAUAUCGCAAUUUAGUCCAAAGAAUUAACAAUCAAAAUAUUCGAUAUGAGGCUUUCGACUUUCAUGCGGAAUGCAGAAGAAUGAGGUGGGACAAACUGAACACUUUAAUGGACCGACUAACCCAUGAUCAAGAACAGAUGGGGUAUUUCUUGUUGAUGAGGGACGGGGCGUUGCUCUCGGCUCAGGACGGUGUUUUCCGUACAAAUUGCAUCGACUGUUUAGACCGGACGAAUGUUGUACAAAGCAUGUUGGCGAAGCGAGUUCUCAAUGAAGUAUUGAGUAGGCUAGAGAUACUUAGGAAGGUGGAAGAUCAUCCUGCGUUUGAAAAUCUUUUCAAGCAGGUUUGGGCUGAUAACGCAGAUGUGAUAAGCAUCCAAUACUCAGGUACAGGGGCGUUAAAGACUGACUUCACGCGAACUGGAAAACGCACCAAAUUGGGCGCGAUGAAGGACGGUUUGAAUUCUUUAACGAGAUAUUAUAAGAACAACUUCGCCGAUGGAUAUAGACAGGAUUCGCUGGAGCUCUUUUUAGGUCGUUACAUCGUCCAGGACGGCGAAUGUACUUCCAUUCAAUGUCCCUUGGAGUCUGAGCGAAACUGGCGUUACACUACAUUCCCACUCGUCUUUUUAGUCGCGUCCUCGAUGCUGGUCGCUCACGUAAUCUUACCAUCGCGAUACACAACGGAAAUAUUACUCUAUAUACUAUUUUGGGGCGCCAUGGUGGCCGGCACCUUUGCCACCAUUAUCCACCACGGCAAGCAAUACGUCGACAGGCCAAAAUUACUUUAGAGUUAAUUAAUGAUUUUAUGUGGAAUUUUAAAUUAUAUGUAUAUAUAUAUAUAUACAUAUAUAUAUAUUGUAUAAUAUGGAUAAUCGAUAGGGUGCGAUAAGCAAUUGUAGAUUUAUUAGUUUUGCACAGUUAUCAACAUCGGUUGGUACCCUCGAUUCCUACGUCACGACACAAAGAUAGAUUUCAUCGUGUAAUUAAUCAAUCAACGUCUAUUUCUAUGAAAUUAAUAUAUUAAUUUCCGGCGGUGUUCGCAUUUUACAGUUACGCUGUUUACAAAUAAUUGUAUCUGUCAAAUGCAUUUUUGUUUGGGUACAAGGUUUAUACAGGAGCAUGGUGUCCAUUAUCGUUACGGUAAAUUUUGCACUUUCCGCAUAAUAGAUAGUGGAGUCUAUUCUUGAACGACAUUCGUUCCUUAAAAUUUGCUUGACGUUUUGCGAUAAAUUCUUCUGACGUAUUAUAAAGGGUCAGGUCUUUAAUCUUCGGCAGGGUAAGUGGGGCGGUCGUAAACGGGGUUAAUUGACAGAUCGUGCUUGGUACUCACCGUCCAUAAAUAAUCUGAGAUGAGUGUGAGAACGGUUUUCACAGUUCGAGAUUGAAAGAAUUCAUGGAAUCUUGUUAGUUCUUUUAUUAGCCGGCGUUGAAUUUUCUCGUACAAGUCUGAAGUAAUUAUUUUCCUCAUGGUGGUUGGUUUUUUUUUAAAAUAAAUAUUCUGUCUUUAACAUACCAAACUCUUAUGGUUAUUUAUAGCGUAAUAAAUAUUUUUUUACUGAAUCUUUCGUAGUUAAAAGUAAAAUUUUAUAUUGGCAUUUAAAUA